AUGGACAUUGACGGCGGCCUCCCCUGGGACGCGGAUGACAGUGGGCCGACAGCUCCUCCUCCCGCGCCAGCACCGGAACAGACAACCGAGAUGGACGUCGAUAUGCUCCUCGAUCGCCCACUCGACGACUUUCCGGGCCGUCGUUCAGGCGGCCGCGACCGUGAACGCGGACCCCGCGAACCAGUUCCCGAACACGUGCAGUCCCUUGUGGGGCGUAUGGGUAAGGGAAAGGUCUAUCUAGCCGAAGAAUCGACCGGUAUCAUCCACCACGAUGCUGAGCGGCGUAUCGCCCGCGAUCCACGCCUCACCGCCCUCGCACUCGAGCUGGACAAGCAGGAUCCAACGGACUGGCUUGCGGCCGUAUCUGAAGGUUCCGAGUCCAACAUUCGUCCAAACGCACUCUUCGUGUCCUCGGAAUUGAUCAAGCACCUCUCGACUGCAAAGGUGUUUACUUGGGUGUCCGAAUUUGGUGUCGGCGUCAUGGGUAUCGAGUGGCUCAAUGACUCCACCCUCAUCCUCCUCUUUCCCACGCCUGCUGCGGCGUUAUUGUCUCUCAGCAUGUUGGCGAAAGCAGGAUUCGACCCAACCGAAGGCGACGACCCCCUCAUGGAGCGCGCGGCACACGGUUUCCCAUCCGCUCUGCUCCCCCGUCGUUCGCCAACGCCGGAACCGGACCGCCGUGCGGCCGACCUCGACGCCGAACUCGAAGCUGUUGCGGCAGCGCGCGAUGCGUCUGACGAGAGGAGCAAGUCACCUUCCGAAGAGCCGGUGCGUAAAGGUCGCGGUGCGUUCCGGGCGGAUGUGCCUCGCGGAUCGACCAACGGCGCAUUCGACCUCGCUCCACUGGCUGGGUCCAAAAAGGAACGAUUUGCCGACGGCGUAGACCCCAACUCAAGGGUAACAGUGAGGUAUGCGACCGAGGCCGAUAACACCAAGUUCAAGCGCGGCGCAGGCGAGAGUUCUUGGUAUGCCAAGCAUGGGCGGGCGGCUGGCAAGGAGACUUCCGCGCGGCGAACUGGAGGGGGACGGUGGGAGGAACCGCGGAACCUCAAUGACCGGGUGGGGACGCGCGGGGAGGGGCGUGACUUUGCGCGCCGUAUUGGGCGAGACCGCUAUGAUGAUAGUGAAAGGCGCGAGCGCGGACCGAGACGUGCACGUGUUGAGGACCUUGAUGCCGACCUCGAUUGGAUGGCAAGAAGACGCGAUGGAGAGGAGGACGACGGUCGCGAUUAUGGCCACCGGUACGAGCGGCGCGAUAGGCGAGAGGGAAGCGACCCACGCCGAGAGCGCCGCGAACGCGCGCCCCGCCGCGCUCAUGCCAAGCAGGAUGAUCUGGACCGCGAACUGGACGAGAUGUUUGCGUCGCGCGGCGAAUCCUAG